UAUAUCAUAUUCUACUUAUAAAAGCAAAUUCGAAAUUUAAAACCACAAGAAAUAAAAGGAAAAAAAUGACAAAAAAGCAAAAGACGUGAGGAAAUUUUUCCCUUAAAAAGAAGAAAAAAAGACGUGAGGAAGUUAUAAACUUACAAACGCAGACAUUACUGAAGCAGUGGUCACCUUUCCUCCUUCGCUACAUGCCAAAUUCUACUGAGAGAGAGAGAAAGGGAGCUGUCGAUGGAGAAUGGAGGUUCGGCGGCGGCGCGGUGGCGUUUCGAGGGGAACGAGCGGCUCAUCCUGGCCGGAGGAGUCACCGUUAGGGGCGUGCUCAACACUGUUAUUGGAAAUCUCGACGGAAACGAUACCAGACCGGUGAUUCCGCUCGGCCACGGAGAUCCAUCCGCCUUCCCUUCCUUCCGCACCUCUCCUUUUGCGGAGGACGCCGUCUGCUCCGCGGUCCGCUCCACCAAGUUCAACGGUUACUCCUCCACCGUCGGUAUUCCCGCGGCUCGCAGUGCUGUAGCAGAGUAUCUUUCUAAAGACCUUCCUUACAAGUUAUCACCUGAUGAUGUUUUCCUGACCAUUGGAUGCACCCAAGCGUUAGAAGCCAUUGUGACUGUCCUUGCUCGUCCCGGUGCUAACCUUUUGCUUCCAAGGCCAGGCUUCCCUUACUACGAAGCCAGGGCUGGCUUUUGUAGCCUUGAAGUCCGUCACUUUGAUCUUCUCCCGGAACAAGAUUGGGAAGUGGACUUGGCUUCGGUUGAAGCUCUGGCUGAUGCAAAUACAGUUGCUAUGGUUAUUAUCAAUCCGGGCAAUCCCUGUGGAAAUGUUUUCAAGUAUGAACACUUGAAAAAGGUCGCGGAGACAGCUAGAAAGCUUGGAAUCCUAGUGAUCUCGGAUGAAGUGUAUGACCAUCUUACCUUUGGUAGCAACCCCUUUGUCCCAAUGGGAGUCUUUGCAUCAAUUGCCCCGAUCUUGACUCUUGGAUCAAUAUCUAAGAGAUGGAUCGUCCCGGGUUGGAGACUUGGCUGGCUUGUGACAAACGAUCCCGAUGGUAUCCUUACUAAGCAAGGGAUUGUUGACAGCAUCAAAGGUUUCCUGAAUAUUUCCUCUGACCCAGCAACCUUUAUGCAGGGGGCAGUUCCACAGAUUCUUGAGAAUACCCCGAGCGACUUCUUUCAGAAAAUUGUUAGUACACUUAGAGAAACAGCAGACAUAUGCUAUGAACGCAGCAAAGAAAUUCCCUGCAUAACUUGCCCGAGCAGACCUGAAGGAUCCAUGUUUGCUAUGGUGAAGCUCAAUCUGUCUCUCCUUGAAGGCAUUGAGGAUGACAUGGACUUCUGCUGCAAGCUCGCCAAAGAGGAAUCCGUGAUACUCCUCCCAGGUUUUGCUGUAGGGCUCAAGAAUUGGUUACGCGUUACAUUUGCCAUCGAACCAUCAUCUCUCGAUGAUGGCUUCCUCAGAAUAAAAGCUUUUCAUCAAAGGCACGCCAAGAAACAAUGAAAGUUGUUUCUCUUAAGAGUUGUGAUUCAUUUGAAAAAACCAUGAUCGUUGUGAUAUGAAACAUCGUGUUUCAUCUCAUAUUUUCUGUGAUUGCUUGUUUACAUUGAAGGAUCAAUAAUGUGUGUAAUGUUUGUAGAUUGAUUGUAAGAAAAUGGGAUAUGAAACGCCGUGUUUCAUCUCAUAUUUUCUGUGAUUGCUUGUUUACAUUGAAGGAUAAAUAAUGUGUAGAGUUUGUAGAUUGAUUGUAAGAAAAUGGAACAUGUUGAAUAUUUCAUUUUAGUACAAACAUCUUGUGAAUUAGUACUUAA